GCCGCCUGGGGCUUGCACGCCGCGCGCUCCGCGGGAUGUGGGCCGGGGCCGCGGGGCUGAGGGCCUCCUGCGCCCGGCUGCAGGCCCUGCGGGGCGGCCGUGGAGCCGAGCUUCUUCCCGGCCGCGCGCAGGCCCUGCACACCUCCGUCGCCUCCUGCGGCAGCAAGAACUUGCUCAAGAAAUUUGCCUCGAAAACCAGAAAGAAGUUCUGGUAUGAUGGCCCAUCACUGGGGUCUUCCUUGACUCACAAGCCAUCCAAGUUUGAGUUCCUCAUGAAAAGCACCUUAAAGAAGGCCAGGAAGGAAGACACUGUGCGCCUGAGAGCCCUGAAUGGCCUUCUCUACAAAGCACUGACAGAACUGUUGUGCACCCCUGAAGUGAGCCAGGAGGUCUACAACCUGAAUGUGGAGCUCUCCAAGGUCUCUGUGACUUCAGACUUCUCAGCCUGCCGAGUAUACUGGAAGACAGGUGUCUCUGCCGACCAGAACAGGCACACGGAGGCUGUCCUGCAGAGGAGCGCUGCCUACAUAAGGCAUCUUCUGAUGUCUCAGCAGACCCUGAGAAAUGUCCCGCCUAUAGUGUUUAUUCAAGACAAAAAAGACAUAAUUCUGGCUGAGAUAGAUCAGUUACUGGCAGUGGCUGACUUCGGACCCCCGGAUGAAAGGGAUGACUUGGCACAAAGUGAUUUGAGGAACCCUGAUGCCCUGCCAUCACACGAUGCUGAAGAACCAGCCACACACCCAAAUCUGUGUGGGAUUGACCACGAGGCACUGAAUAAGCAAAUAAUGGAGUAUAAACGCAAGAAGGAGAAAGGGCUUCAGUGUGUGAGCCUGGCACAGCCAUCAGCAGGGAAGCAGGGCCCCGACCUGACUCAUUUGCUGAGAAGGAGAAAGAAGACAUCAUCCCGUCGGCACCAGGACACUUCCCCCAGAAGCUUCCUUUUGGGUGAGGAGGACCAGGAGGAGGAGGAGGAGGACGACGGCACCACAGAGUAUGAAUGCCAGGCCCAUGAGGCAGAAGAAGAUUGGGAAGCAGAGGCCAGAGGCGAUGGGGUAAAACAGGGACUCUGUGGUGAAAGAGGGCAGAGGUAGAGGGGAGGCCUCGGCGCUGCCUGCCUCUGCCUGUGGGUCAGACUGCAGAGUUCGUGAUCUGUACUUCAGAGAUGGUUGACGAAGGCAGAGCUCAUGGUGGAGGCCAUCCUCAGGCUGUUUGUCAUUCAGCUAGCUGUACAAUUUCCUGUCCCAACUCACUGGGAUUUUUUUCCCAGAAUUCAUGUGUAACCAAAAAAUAAAUGACAUCCCCAAGAGACAUAAACAUGGUCCAUCUUACCUCCUCACAUUUCCUGGCCCAGCAGCCUGGCCUCACUGGCAGGAGAGUUAAACACAGCACGCAUAGGCCUAUCUCUCCAGACCUCCGCAGCCAGGUAUCAGUGCUUGGUCCCUGGAUGACUUCUCUUUUAAUAAAACAUUUUGUAUUUA